AUGGAAACUGGAUUCCAGAAAUAUCAUGAUAUGAAGCUGACACCAUUGAACAUACAGCUUACAGAGUUGUAUGAGAAAAUCAUCAAGGAUUUGAGCCCCCCUCGUCCUUUGCCAACCGAUACACGUGAUAAACGUGAUAAGAACAAAUACUGCAAGUUCCAUAAAGACCAUGGUGACAAGAAUGAGAAUUGCCGCGCUUUACAGAUCGAGGUCCAGCGGAUGAUAGAUGCUGGAAAGCUACAAAAGUACGUGAAUAAGGAUUUUGGAAAAGGCCCUGGACAGUUUGGCACAACACAUGUGAUUAACGCCCAUGUGAUUAACGUCAGUCACGCCAGGAUCCAUUCAAUGACCAUGCGGGCAUCGAAAGAUGAGAGCGGUAGAAAGCUCAGGCAUUUAAAAGAAUGGUACUUAACAAAUCAUAUCGAUUUUGUCAAUGGAAAUGGAGAAGAAAUUCGGGAGCUCGGGUGCACAAAGAUCAAGUUCUCUGAAGCAGACAUGAUAGGUGAAUAUGCUCCACACAAUGAUGUUGUCUUUAUAAUUGCUUGGAUUGGCAUGUUUCGUGUACACCGGAUUCUAGUGGAUACAGGGAGCUCAGUGAACGUGCUGUUUUCAGGAGCUUAUUCCUCUAUGAAUCUACCACACAACUUGAUCGAGGAGGAUGAAAAUCCAAUUAUCAGUUUCAGUGGUGAAGUUACAAAGGAGAUUGGAAAAGUGAAGAUACCUAUAACAGUGGCUGACAAGUCUGUUCUAGGAAAUUUCUUACUGCUUGACUGUAGAGCUCCCUACAAUGCGAUCGUAGGACGAGACUGGCUGCAUGAGAUCGGUGCAGUCACAUCCUCAUAUCCUCAAUGUUUAAAUUUUAUUUCCCCUGAAGGGGUCGUAAAAGUUAGGAGUGACCAGAUGGUCGCUCACAAGUGUCACGAGAGUGCUAUGGACGAGUACAAAAAGCCAGAAGUUAGCGGGAACCAAAUCAUGCGAGUCGAGCAGAAAUAG